GGAUGCAGGGCGGAAGUGCUUUUGUUUGCGGAAGUCCACUCAGGAGGUGUCAUGUUAGCGCUGCACUGUUACCUCUCAGUGGCUCAGAUCUGUCGCUUUUCCUCCUCUAAAUCCUUCUAAAUGCUCGUGUUUCUGUAUGGCCAUGAACAGGAUUCAGCUGAAGCGCUCCGGGAUCCUGAGAAUGGCUCUGUCCGGCUCCGAGGCGGCGGACAUGGACGCGCGGGGGGACGCGUUCUUUCUCCGGGCGGCGAGGAUCGCAGCUGUGGUCGCUCUGUACUGGUUCGUGUCGAUAACAAUGGUUUUUCUCAAUAACUAUUUACUGGACAACCGUGAGCUGGAUGCGCCGCUGUUCGUGACUCUGUUCCAGUGCGCAGUGACCGUGGCGCUGUGCUGGCUCCUCCCGCUGCUCUCCGCGCUCUGUCCCGGUUACGUUGAGUUCCCUUCGCUGAAGUUUGACCCGAAGACGUCCCGGGAGGUGCUGCCGCUGUCUGUGGUGUUCAUUGCUAUGAUCACGUUCAAUAACAUGUGCCUGAAGUACGUCGGAGUGGCCUUUUACACCGUGGGCCGAUCCCUGAGCACCGUGUUCAACGUGCUGCUCUCCUACGCCAUCCUCAGGCAGGGCACGUCACUGCGCGCGCUCCUCAGCUGUGGAGUCAUACUGGGUGGGUUCUGGCUGGGCAUAGAUCAGGAGGGACUGGCUGGCUCCCUCUCCUGGACUGGAGUAGCGUAUGGAGUGUUAGCCAGCGCCUGCGUCUCUCUUAACGCCAUUUACACCAAAAAGGUCAUGCCCGCAGUGGACGGCAACAUCUGGAAGCUCUCUUAUUAUAACAACAUCAACGCAUGUGUCCUUUUUGUCCCUCUUAUCAUCGUUUUCGGAGAGCUCCAACGCAUCACUAGCUUCAGCCGUCUCACAGAUUUGACAUUUUGGUCCAUGAUGACUCUUGGAGGGGUUUUUGGGUUCGCGAUCGGGUACGUUACAGGUUUGCAGAUCAAAUACACAAGCCCGCUCACUCAUAAUGUGUCGGGGACAGCGAAGGCGUGCGCUCAGACUGUGAUCGCAGUGGUCUAUAAUGGCUCCACCAAAAGCGCUCUGUGGUGGACCAGUAAUCUGAUGGUACUGGGAGGGUCGUCAGCGUACACGUGGGUAAAGAGUCUCGAGAUGAAAAAGACGCCGCAGAAGGAGGUGCAGGAUUCAGUGAAGGAGAGACUGCUGCCGGGAGACAAGGCCGACGUGGGAGUGUGAAGUUAAAUCCUUCAAUAAAAAAAAAAAAAAAAUGUGAUCAUGAUUUAUUUGAUUUUAAUUAUAUUUUAAAUUGAUUUGACAGGUUAGACUACUCAUUUCUAAUGUUGUCACGAUCCUAAAAUUUUAACUCAAUUCCGAUACCACGAUGAUCAUAAAAACACUCUUUCUUUAGACAAUAGAAUGGGAUUUUCGACGUUAAAUCGUAGUACUAUUUAUAUUCCCAUGUGACCUUAUUCAGCAAAGAUUCAUUUCUGUAAUUAGUGUCUGUUUUUUUGACACUUUUAACAACCCUGCUCAUUUCACAUCUACUGCAGCCCGUGUCCAACCAGGAAAAUUACAAACUUUACCAAAAUUACAAACUAGAAAAGACUAGGGAAGAUUUUUUGUAACAUCUUAAAUGAUUAGUGAGAUGGGAAAUAAUUGGUCUAACAUGUCAUAGGCACUUUAAGCAUUUUCUAUGUAAUGACUGAAAUAUUUCUUGUCAUGUGUCAUGUUUGGGUACACUUUUUGUUUCCUUUCAAAUGAUUCUCGGAGCUGAAUAAUGGCACGAGUUUCUGAAGCUAUUGUGUAUUUAUACUGACAGAGAAGACAUGGACUUUGAGCCAGUUUUUGUUUCAUGUGGCUAGGUCCAGUAAUUAGAGACAUUAAUCAUAAACCAAGUCCACACAUCUGUAAUCUGACAGUUAAACGGCAAACUCCACCUGCGAAUCCAAACCUGUCUCCAGCUCAGGUUUAAACUAUGAGGACUGUACAGUGUGCUGAUGUCACAUGAUCACAGCCUCUCUAUCGACCUCUUACUGACUGAAAUGGAAAUAUAGUUUCUGAAUUUACAUGAAAAGAAUGUGUAUUGUUCAUAUGAUUUAUUUACAUGUAACUUUUCUGGUGGAGGGUUUGACCCACUUAUCUCCAUGGAAAUGUUAUUGCUUUGACUUGAAUGUUCCACUUUAAUUUAACAUUUCUUUAUUUAAUGAGAUUUUUAAAGUUAUAUGCAUUCUUACUGUGAGGUAGGGAUGCACUGAUACCAAUACUGGUAUCGAAUAUCGACACAGAUACUGAAAGAUUAGCUGGAUCAGGUAUUGAUUCCAUGAUGCCAGUUAAGCUGAUAUCCUGGUUUAGCCUUUAACUGGAUGUAAUAAGACUAUUUACAGGUUGAUUUUGGCGUUAAACAUCUCAUGUUUGAACUUUUAUUUAUAUGAAGCUGUUCAGUUGUGAUUUGAAGGAUACAGAACAGCUGCAUUAUAAUAAGUUAACAGUGUUUUAAGGAAGUAUGCCAUUUUCUCUCCCUACUUUGGUUAAUAUCGGUAUUGGUAUCGGCAGCUACUUAAAGUGAAAGUAUUGAAAUCAGUAUCGGAACUGAAAAAGCUGCUUCCCUACUGUGAGUGAGGUCACUUUUUCACAGAUCUUACCUGUAACGUUAAGCUAACUUUGUGCCACUGUAGGACCUUUCUACAUGAAGACAAGCAGGUGGCAGAUCCUCCUCUAGAAAAGUUCCAUAGUGCAGCUUUAAAGGAAAACUGACUUGUGGGAACAUUCGCUGCUGUACCGCGCUGCCUUCCACAGAACACUUUCCUUGUUUCUGUUUUUUUUUUUUUAAAUAAAUGAAUAGAAGUGUUUUAGAGGGGCAGUGAUCAGUGACUGUACACCGUGUUUUCUGAAAUCUGUCCCCUUUGAGCGCUGUACUGCUACACUUUUAUAACAUUUUGAGGCAAUAA